AACCGCUAAACAAAGUACAACAAAGAUAACUCCAUUCUUCUUAGUAUAUGGAAGAGAAGCCCGAUUUCCUUUUCAUCCUGAUGAAAAUGAAAAAUUGUUAGAAGGAACAUUUCUUCAAAGAAUUUUUGAAUUAGUUGAAAUACUACCUAAAGUAAGAAAUAAUGCUGUUAGAAGAGUCGAAAAAGCACAAGAAAGUGCUAAAAGAAGACAUGAUCAAGACUUACAGCAUAUAGAAAAAUUUAAAAAGGGUGACUUAGUAUUAGUCUAUAAGGCUUCUCAACAAUAUUUAAAAAGCCAUAAACUUCAUCCGAAGUGGAAGGGUCCUUUCGUGGUUCAUAAAGUAUUGGAAAAAGAAGUAUACAAGUUACGAUCCAUCGAUAGAAAAAUAAUAAAAACUCCUAUAAAUAGAAAAUUAUUAAAGAAGUAUUAUUCUACUUAA